GGAGGCAGAGAAGGUAGGAGCAGAAGCUCGCAUCCGUUUAUACUGGCUCGACCCCCGCGCGGACCUGCGGCGGCCAGUUUUCCGCGGUCGGCCGGCUGAGGACUCCGCUACCUCUCAGUUCUCGUGCGGCCUCCGAAUCCUGACUGCGGCAGGGGCCAGCAGCCCUUCCCCUCCCCUCUGAGGAUAGAAGAUGAGCUUCCUCUUCAGCAGCCGGUCUUCUAAAACAUUCAAACCAAAGAAGAAUAUCCCUGAAGGUUCUCAUCAGUAUGAACUCUUAAAACAUGCAGAAGCAACUCUAGGAAGUGGGAAUCUGAGACAAGCUGUUAUGUUGCCAGAGGGAGAGGAUCUCAAUGAAUGGAUUGCUGUUAACACUGUGGAUUUCUUCAACCAGAUCAACAUGUUAUAUGGAACUAUUACAGAAUUCUGCACUGAAGCAAGCUGUCCAGUCAUGUCUGCAGGUCCAAGAUACGAAUAUCAUUGGGCAGAUGGUACUAAUAUUAAAAAGCCAAUCAAGUGUUCUGCACCAAAAUACAUUGACUAUUUGAUGACUUGGGUUCAGGAUCAACUUGAUGAUGAAACUCUUUUUCCUUCUAAGAUUGGUGUUCCAUUUCCCAAAAACUUUAUGUCUGUGGCAAAGACCAUUCUGAAACGUCUGUUCAGGGUUUAUGCCCAUAUUUAUCACCAGCACUUUGAUUCUGUGAUGCAGCUGCAAGAGGAGGCCCACCUCAACACCUCCUUUAAGCACUUUAUUUUCUUUGUUCAGGAGUUUAAUCUGAUUGAUAGGCGUGAGUUGGCACCUCUUCAGGAAUUAAUUGAGAAGCUUGGAUCAAAAGACAGAUAAAUGUUUCUUCUAGUACACAGUUACCCUCUUGCUUCAUCUACUGCUAGAGCUAUCUCAUUGCUAUCUGUUAGAGACUAGUGAUACAAACUUUAAGAAAACAGGAUAAAAAGACACCUAUUGCCUGUGUCUACUGAUAAAAAUUGCCCCAAAGGUAGGUUGGCCUAAUACCUUCAGAGUGAGAAAGUCAGGACACAAGCCGAAUCUGAAGCACUGUGUGACCACUCUUGUUACUGUCACUGAGUCACACUUGGUUUUCAUAUAUCAUGAUUCAUCGGUUUACUUAUUCUUUUACUAAAGAAAAUGAUGUUGUCUGUUUCAGGUUACAGCAUAGUGGAUAUUGAGAAUUUCCACCAAUAAUUUAUUAACAAGUUUCCACAACAAAUUUGCUAAUAACUCAAUAGGUUUUAUUCUGUUUGUAGAAGAGGUAUUUUUAAGUUUCCUUAAGAUUUAGAACAAUUUGUGUCACUUUGGAUAACAGUUUAGUUUGAAGUUGUAUACUAGUGUUUUUAUAGAUAAUACAUAUAUGUAUAUUUUUUCACAAUCCAUGAUUGCCAUUUAAAUCAUCAUAUGACAUGUAUGGGAGCAACCAAAGUUAUUUCUAAAAUGACUUUAUUUUUUAAUCUUUAUUGGAUUUUAUUCACAUACGAACCUAUCUGUUUAGGAGUAUGUGUGUAUCAGAAAUAAUUUUUUUUUAAGGCAUCUAAGGUAGUCUUGUAGAUUUUUUUAAAAAAUAGUUCAUUCAGGUUAAUUUGAAUAUGUAGCUUUUGGCCGACAGAAAGCAAACUUCCAAAAAAGUACGACAAAUUAAGGUCUUAAACCACUAUUUUUUCACUUACGUUGUCUUUCAGAAAGCCUUGAAGUUCUGGAUAGGAGAAUGGAAGAAAAUGCUCAGAUUACUUGAUUUGAUUUGUUUUGUUUUGAGUUUCUUUUUUAAAAAAAUUACUUCUGUGUGUUUUUUGUGUGUGGCUUGAGACUUAGUGAAGAGUACUGUAGAAAUGCACCAACUUUAUCCCAAUAAGGAUAAAACUCAAGGAAAACCACAAUAAAAACACCUGGAAAGGUGUACAGAUUUUGUAACACAGCGAAAA